AUGUUUUUCAUGCAGGAUAAAUCAGUCAGCAGAGAAAAAUCCAAGGCACCAGCAAGAGCUUUGCCGCAGUUGUCUUUGGUGAGUUCAAAGCCCCAGUGGCAGCAGGCAGCUCCAUCAUUUCAUCUGAGUAUAAAGCAGGACAAUGAGAUUCCAGAACAAUUUAGUGUUAAAAAUGAACAGUCCUAUGCUGAAUACAUGGAACACUUUGGAAAAAAAGGAAAAUUACAGGAUCAAGUUGAUGAUACUUAUGCUGGACCAUCUACUUCCAAAUCAAAGGGCAAAUCUCCACAUAAACAACGAGAAAACUUUAGAAGUACUCUUGUUAAUGUCAUUAUGUAUUACUAUUAUAUUCACCAUGGAAUUGAUACAGACCAUGUAGCCCCAAUGGAAGAUUCUUGGCUAGAACAUGUAUUGAACUUAGUUCCACAACAUCUGAAAGUCCUCACUGACAGCAUAACUGUAUUAUCUGACGAGAUGAGAGAAGAUUAUCUUCUUAGUGUAAAGAAAUCCAUAGUUGAUUUUGUUUUAAAAGAUCCUAGGGAAAAAGAUGAUAAAAAGACAGAUGAACUUCCACCCCAUCGUGCUGAGAUGGAAAUUCUGCCAAAACCUUGGAGGAAAUCUUUUUUAGCUGCAAGCACUUAUAUGAGGGAUCACUUGAAUGCAAUGAACCCCACAAUGCUGGCUGUGCUAGAUUUGUGGCACAGUAAUUUUAAAAAAUUACGUUUAAUUGAUAUUGAAGAAUUUCACAAUCGCCAAGAUGCAUUAGAGCUGUCAAAUUUUCAGACCAUUGUCAUGAAACACAUGGAAUCUGCCAAAGAGACUCUACUUAAAGUGUGGUUUCCAGAAGUGCAGAAUAUUUAUUACCAAGGUAAUAAAAAGAAGCAAUUGCCAACUGGUGACAGCAGUGCCAAAUUGGAAUCUUUUUUCAACUGUGCUGCUGCACUUAUGACUUUACAGCUGCAGAACCUUGCUUUAGUCUCCAUGCAGGAUUUCACAGACUUAAUUGCACAACCCCCAGAUUCUAUUAGAGCUUUUGAACAUCCAGGUUUCAUCAUGAGGCUGAUUCUUGAUAAUGACACCAUUAAGUUUGAACCUGACUUUAAUGACUACAUAGAUAUCCUCCUAAAUGUUUAUGAUGUCAUGAUUAAAGCUGUCAGUUUUGUGCCAAGAGUUGAGACAAAACUGUAUUCCAAGUGGGAGAGUAAGUCUAAACCAACAACCUUGAAACCCAUAAUUCUGAAUGAAAUUGUAGAUGCUCACAAAGAAAAGAUUAAGGACGUGAUUAUCAGAGAGAGUAUGGCACCUAUUGAGCACCGCAGGCUCUAUGACAAGUAUGAUUUUUUAGUUACCAGAAAAGCUGAGCAAGAUGCAGAUGACUUCCUUGCAGAAAAUCAGAGUUAUGAGAAAAUAAUAAAUGAAAUUCGCAAAUACCAGAAACUAAUAGAGGAAAUACAGUACACAUCUAGAAAGACUAUUCGUUUAGGAAUGUUCGAAAUGCACUGUGAUGAAUUAAUCAGAGCUUUGGUGAAACGAGCAGAUAUUAUUUGUGGGAAACUUACAGCCAAAAUGUUCAGAGAUCAUCAGGAAGUAAAUACAAGAUUAUGUGAAGAAUUUGAGAAGAUAGCUGAAAAAGCUCUUAGCACUCCUCCAAAUACAACAGAACUAAUGGAAAUGAAGGCUUACAUUCAGAAAGUGGAGGUAACUGAUAUGAUUGAACUGGAACAGAGAUUAGUGGAUUCCAAAAACUGCCUCGCCUUCCUCAUCGAGUGUGCCAACUUUUCUCCAGCAGACAUUAGGCUAAAUAAUAAUGUUUUUCAGUGGUAUGGAAGAAUGGAAGAAAUUUUUGAAGAACACAGGAAAAUCAUUAAAGAGAAAACAGAACAAUACCAAGAAGGUCUGAAGUUACGGUGUGAACGGUUUGUGGAGGAAUUAGAGAGUUAUGCUAAACAGGCAGAAGAAUUUUAUUCAUUUGGAGAUCUUCAAGAUGUACAGCGAUACCUGAAAAAGGCUCAAACGCUGAAUGGAAAGUUGGAUUUAGCAGCAGACAAGAUUGAUCAGUUUAAUGCUGAAGAGGAAGCAUUUGGUUGGCUACCAUCAGUAUAUCCUCAACGUAAAAAAAUCCAGGAUGGUUUGAACCCUUAUCUUCGUCUCUAUGAAAUUGUUGUUGAAUUUAGCACCAAAUACAGAGCAUGGACAGAAGGACCAUAUCACAAGGUGAAUCCAGACCAAGUAGAAACAGAUGUUGGAAAUUACUGGAGAGGACUGUAUAAGCUGGAGAAAACCUUUUAUGAUUCUCCACAAGCAUUGGCAAUGACAAAAAAAGUAAGAUCAAAGGUGGAAGACUUCAAGCAGCACAUUCCUCUCAUUCAAGUGAUCUGUAAUCCUGGUUUGCGCCCAAGGCACUGGGAGGCCUUGUCUGCCAUUGUUGGUUACCCCUUGGAGCCAGCAGAUGACUCCACUGUCUUCUCUUUUUUAGACAUGAAUCUAGAACCAUAUUUAGACAGAUUUGAAGGUAUUAGUGAAGCAGCUAGCAAAGAAUAUUCUCUUGAAAAGGCCAUGGAGAAGAUGAUUAAUGAAUGGGAUGCAAUGGAAUUUGUCAUCCUUCCUUAUAGAGAAACUGGAACAUGUAUUUUGUCAUCAGUUGAUGAAAUUCAGAUGUUGUUGGAUGAUCAUAUUAUUAAAACACAAACUAUGCGAGGAUCUCCUUUCAUUAAGCCUUAUGAAAAACAAAUGAGAGAAUGGGAGGGCAAGCUCCUACUGCUUCAGGAGAUCCUGGAUGAAUGGCUCAAGGUCCAAGCCACGUGGCUGUAUCUGGAGCCCAUUUUCAGCUCUCCGGACAUUAUGUCUCAAAUGCCUGAGGAAGGCAGACGAUUUACAACUGUGGAUAAAACAUGGAGAGAUAUAAUGAAAAAUGUCACUCAAGAUAAACAUGUUCUGACAGUUGUAACUAUUGAAAGAAUGCUGGAAAGGCUGAAAAAAUCAAAUGAACUUUUGGAACUCAUUCUUAAAGGACUUAAUGAAUAUUUGGAAAAGAAACGCCUCUUCUUCCCCAGAUUCUUUUUCUUGUCGAAUGAUGAACUUCUUGAGAUACUAUCUGAGACUAAAGAUCCCACUAGGGUGCAACCUCACUUGAAGAAAUGUUUUGAAGGAAUUGCAAAGGUGGAAUUCACAGAAACUUUAGACAUUACUCACAUGAAGAGUAGUGAAGGAGAGGUUGUGGAACUCACCGAGGUCAUUUCAACAGCCAAAGCCAGAGGUCAAGUGGAAAAGUGGUUGGUUGAGUUAGAGAGAAUUAUGAUUAAGUCCAUCCACAAGGUAAUUGGAGAUGCAAUUUCGGCCUAUACAAAACAUGAGCGAAUUCAUUGGGUACGGGAUUGGCCUGGACAGACAGUUCUCUGUGUAUCCCAAAUUUUUUGGACCUUAGAAGUACAAACAGCUAUUCCAGUGGGGCCAGGGUCUCUUGAGCAAUACUUGGAAAAAUGUAACAGACAAAUUGAUGAUAUUGUCACUUUGGUGCGUGGCAAAUUGUCCAAGCAAAAUCGUGUUACUCUGGGAGCACUUGUGGUACUGGAUGUCCAUGCUAGAGAUGUCCUCACAACGCUUGUGAAAAAAAAAGUUAGCGAUGACUCUGACUUCGAAUGGCUAAGUCAGCUUAGAUACUAUUGGCAAGAAAAUCAUUUGGAAACGAAGAUGAUCAAUGCUGGUUUGCGAUAUGGGUAUGAAUAUCUGGGUAAUUCUCCUAGGCUGGUUAUUACUCCACUCACUGAUAGAUGUUACAGAACCUUAUUUGGAGCCCUUCACUUGCACCUUGGAGGAGCACCUGAGGGUCCAGCUGGCACUGGGAAGACCGAAACUACCAAGGAUUUGGCAAAAGCUGUAGCCAAACAAUGUGUCGUUUUCAACUGCUCUGAUGGGUUAGAUUAUUUGGCUUUAGGAAAAUUCUUUAAGGGACUGUUAUCUUGUGGAGCCUGGGCUUGCUUUGAUGAGUUUAACAGAAUUGAUUUGGAAGUACUUUCUGUGGUUGCUCAACAAAUCCUUACUAUCCAAAGAGGCAUUAAUGCAGGUGCUGAGAUACUAGUAUUUGAAGGAACUGAACUAAAACUUGACCCCACGUGUGCUGUCUUCAUAACAAUGAACCCCGGGUAUGCUGGGAGAUCAGAACUGCCAGACAACCUGAAGGCUCUCUUUCGGACAGUAGCAAUGAUGGUGCCUGACUACGCCAUGAUUGCCGAAAUAGUCCUGUACUCCUGUGGGUUUGUCACUGCUCGGCCACUGUCCAUAAAAAUCGUGGCUACAUAUCGCUUGUGUUCGGAGCAGUUGUCAUCUCAACAUCACUACGACUAUGGAAUGAGAGCUGUGAAGUCAGUGCUGACCGCUGCUGGGAAUCUAAAGCUGAAAUAUCCAAAUGAAAAUGAAGAAAUUUUGCUGCUUAGAUCUAUCAUUGAUGUAAAUCUGCCAAAAUUUUUAUCCCAUGAUUUACCACUCUUCGAGGGAAUUACCUCGGAUUUGUUUCCUGGGGUGAAAUUACCAAAACCAGAUUACAAUGAUUUGUUGGCAGCUAUUAAAGACAAUUGUGCUGCCAUGAAUUUGCAAAUGACUCCAUUCUUUUCUGAGAAGAUUCUUCAGAUAUAUGAAAUGAUGAUUGUGCGUCAUGGUUUUAUGAUUGUUGGAGAACCAUUUGGAGGAAAAACCAGUGCGUAUCGCGUCUUAGCUGGAGCACUAAAUGAUAUAUGUGAAAAGGGACUAAUGGAAGAAAACAAGGUUCAAAUAAUUGUUUUAAAUCCUAAGUCUGUCACCAUGGGUCAGCUGUAUGGACAGUUUGAUUUAGUGUCCCACGAGUGGUCUGAUGGGGUCCUUGCUGUCAGUUUUAGAACAUUUGCCUCUUCAACGACUCCAGAUAGGAAGUGGCUAAUUUUUGAUGGACCAGUAGAUGCAGUAUGGAUUGAGAAUAUGAAUACUGUAUUGGAUGACAACAAAAAGCUAUGUCUGAUGAGUGGAGAGAUUAUUCAGAUGUCACCACAAAUGAAUCUUAUUUUUGAACCGAUGGAUUUAGAAGUUGCUUCUCCUGCCACUGUUUCCAGAUGUGGUAUGAUUUACAUGGAGCCUCACAUGUUAGGCUGGAGACCACUGAUGUUGUCUUGGGUGAAUCUGUUACCUGCCUCAAUUAGUGCUAUUCAGAAGGAGUUUAUAAUAGGCUUAUUUGACAGAAUGGUCCCUGUUUCUGUUGAAUUUAUUAGAAAGCAUACAAAGGGCAUUUUUCUGUUUUCAUUGAUCUGGUCCAUUGGUGCUUCUUGCACAGAUGAUGAUCGGUUAAAAUUUGACAAGAUUCUUCGAGAACUAAUGGAAGGUCCGAUUUCAGACCUAACUCGAAAUAGGUUUAAAAUACAGAGUGGUACUGAAUAUACGUCUUCAAAGGCACUAACUGUUCCAUUUCCUGAUAAAGGAACAAUCUAUGAUUAUCAGUUUAUCACUGAGGGAAUAGGAAAAUGGGAACAGUGGAUAAAGAAAUUGGAAGUAGCUCCUCCAAUUCCUAGAGAUGUGUUGUUUAAUGAAAUCAUUGUACCAACUUUGGACACAAUUCGAUACUCUGCAUUAAUGGGAUUGUUGACCACUCAUCAAAAGCCUUCAAUAUUUGUAGGACCAACAGGAACUGGAAAGAGUGUUUAUAUUAUUAAUUUUCUUUUAAAUCAACUCAAUAAGGAAAUAUACAAACCUCUCCUAAUUAACUUCUCGGCACAAACUACGGCAGCUCAAACUCAGAACAUUAUCAUGUCAAAACUGGACAAAAGAAGAAAGGGAGUUUUUGGUCCCCCUCUGGGCAAGAGAAUGGUUGUCUUUGUAGAUGAUGUCAAUAUGCCUGCUCGGGAGGUAUAUGGGGCUCAACCUCCCAUUGAGUUACUUAGGCAGUGGUUAGAUCACUGGAAUUGGUAUGACCUAAAAGAUUGUUCUGUGAUUAAACUAGUGGACAUUCAGAUCAUGUGUGCAAUGGGACCUCCAGGUGGUGGUCGAAAUCCAGUAACUCCUCGAUACAUGCGACAUUUCAAUAUUAUAACAAUCAAUGAGUUUAGUGAUAAAUCCAUGUUUACAAUCUUCUCUAGAAUCUUAACCUGGCAUUUAAAAAUCUGCUAUAAAUUUCCUGAAGAAUUUCUGGAUUUGACCACACAAAUUGUAAAUGGCACAAUGACCCUAUAUAAAGAAGCAAUGAAGAACCUCUUGCCUACUCCAGCUAAAUCUCACUACUUGUUCAAUCUCCGUGAUUUCUCUCGUGUCAUUCAAGGUGUUUGUUUGUCAAGACCGGAAACAGCAGAAACCAAAGAUGUGAUUAAACGUCUUUGGGUUCAUGAGGUCCUUAGAGUAUAUUAUGAUCGCCUUCUGGAUAAUGCAGACAGAAGUUGGCUUAUCAACUACAUUCAAGAAAUUUUGAAAACUUAUAUGUAUGAAGAUUUUCAUGAGCUUUUUCAAUGUCUGGAUUUUAAUAAAGAUGGAAUGGUGGAAGAAGACGACUUACGCAGCCUAAUGUUUUGUGAUUUCCAUGAUCCCAAGAGGGAGGAUACCAGCUACAGAGAAAUCUCAGAUGUGGAUAAUCUUCGAGUGAUAGUAGAAGCUCACCUAGAAGAAUACAACAGUAUAAGCAAAAAACCCAUGAACCUCGUCUUAUUUCGAUUUGCCAUAGAGCACAUCAGCAGAAUUUCCAGGAUCCUGAAGCAGCCCCGCAGCCAUGCUCUCCUGGUUGGGGUGGGAGGGAGUGGAAGGCAGUCUGUCACCAGAUUAGCUGCCCACAUGGCUGAUUAUUCAGUUUUCCAGGUUGAAAUCUCCAAGGGAUAUGGUAACACUGAGUGGCAUGAAGAUUUAAAAGUGAUCUUAAGGAAAUGUGCUGAAGGUGAGAUGCAGGGUGUCUUCCUGUUUACAGAUACUCAGGUUAAAAAAGAGUCAUUUCUUGAAGAUGUCAACAAUCUGCUAAAUGCCGGAGAGAUUCCAAAUCUCUUCGCAUUAGAUGAGAAGCAAGAGAUAUGCGAAAAGAUGCGUCAGUUAGAUCGCCAACGAGAUAAAACCAAGCAAACAGAUGGAAGCCCCAUUGCUCUGUUCAACAUGUUCAUUGACCGCUGCCGCAACCAACUGCAUGUGGUCCUUGCCAUGAGUCCCAUUGGAGAUGCAUUUCGGAAUCGGCUUAGAAAGUUCCCUGCUCUUAUUAACUGCUGUACCAUUGACUGGUUUCAGCCAUGGCCUGAAGAUGCACUACAGGCAGUUGCUUCACGAUUCUUGGAAGAAAUUGAAAUGUCAGAGGAAAUACGAGAUGGCUGUAUCGACAUGUGUAAAAGCUUCCACACUUCUACUAUAAAUUUAUCAACAUCUUUCUGUGUUGAACUUCAAAGAUACAAUUAUGUGACUCCUACAUCUUAUCUCGAAUUAAUCUCCACCUUCAAACUGUUGUUAGAAAAGAAAAGAAGUGAAGUCAUGAAAAUGAAAAAGAGGUACGAAGUGGGUUUGAAUAAACUAGAUUCUGCUUCAUCUCAAGUAGCCACGAUGCAAACUGAGCUGGAGGCGCUGCAUCCUCAAUUAAAAGUUGCUAGCAAAGAAGUGGAUGAAAUGAUGGUAAUCAUCGAGAGGGAGUCUGUCGAAGUUGCCAAAACUGAAAAAAUAGUGAAAGCUGACGAAACUGUAGCAAACGAACAAGCUAUGGCCUCCAAAGCCAUCAAAGACGAAUGCGAUGCUGACCUGGCAGGGGCCUUGCCAAUAUUGGAGUCAGCACUAUCCGCCCUGGAUACUCUAACUGCACAGGAUAUUACAGUGGUAAAAUCCAUGAAGAGUCCUCCUGCUGGUGUGAAGCUCGUCAUGGAAGCUAUCUGCAUCCUGAAAGGCAUCAAAGCUGACAAAAUUCCUGACCCAACAGGUUCAGGAAAAAAAAUUGAGGAUUUCUGGGGCCCAGCUAAGAGACUUCUUGGUGACAUUCGGUUUCUACAGUCACUUCAUGAAUAUGACAAGGACAAUAUUCCUCCAGCUUAUAUGAAUAUCAUAAGAAAAAAUUAUAUUCCAAAUCCAGAUUUUGUUCCAGAAAAGAUCAGAAAUGCUUCUACAGCAGCUGAAGGUCUAUGCAAGUGGGUCAUAGCAAUGGAUUCAUAUGAUAAAGUGGCAAAAAUAGUAGCUCCCAAAAAGAUAAAACUGGCUGCAGCUGAAGGGGAGCUUAAAAUUGCCAUGGAUGGUCUUAGAAAGAAGCAGGCAGCCCUUCGGGAAGUUCAGGACAAACUGGCCAAGCUUCAAGACACACUUGAACUAAAUAAACAAAAGAAGGCUGACUUGGAAAACCAGGUUGACCUGUGCAGCAAAAAACUAGAACGAGCUGAGCAGUUGAUUGGAGGCCUUGGAGGUGAGAAAACCCGAUGGAGCCAGACAGCCCUGGAGCUGGGGCAGCUGUACAUCAACCUGACAGGGGAUAUCCUCGUUUCCUCAGGAGUUGUCGCUUACCUGGGAGCCUUUACAUCUAGCUAUAGACAGAACCAAACCAAGGAGUGGACAAAUUUGUGCAAAGGAAGAGAUAUCCCCUGUUCAGAUGAUUAUUCUCUUAUGGGUAUCCUGGGAGAAGCUGUGACAAUUCGAGCUUGGAAUAUUGCUGGGUUACCUUCUGACUCAUUUUCCAUCGAUAAUGGGAUCAUCAUCAUGAAUGCAAGAAGGUGGCCUCUGAUGAUAGAUCCUCAAGGUCAGGCUAAUAAAUGGAUCAAGAACAUGGAAAAAACCAAUAGUCUUCACGUAAUUAAAUUUAGUGAUCCUGACUAUGUCAGGACUCUGGAAAAUUGCAUCCAGUUUGGUACUCCUGUGUUGCUAGAAAAUGUUGGAGAAGAACUAGAUCCUAUUUUGGAACCUCUUCUACUAAAGCAGACCUUUAAACAGGGUGGGAGUACAUGUAUCCGCCUUGGUGACUCUACAAUUGAAUAUGCGCCCGACUUCCGCUUCUAUAUUACUACCAAGCUAAGAAAUCCUCAUUAUCUUCCUGAAACAUCAGUGAAGGUGACAUUAUUAAACUUCAUGAUCACUUCUGAGGGAAUGCAGGAUCAGCUUCUGGGAAUUGUGGUGGCACGAGAAAGGCCGGACCUGGAAGAAGAAAAGCAAGCCUUGAUAUUACAAGGAGCUGAAAACAAAAGGCAGUUAAAAGAAAUAGAAGACAAGAUUUUAGAAGUGCUUUCAUCUUCGGAAGGCAAUAUAUUAGAAGAUGAAACUGCUAUUAAGAUAUUAUCUUCCUCCAAGGCUUUGGCUAAUGAGAUUUCUCAAAAGCAGGAAGUAGCCGAAGAGACAGAGAAAAAGAUCGACUCCACACGCAUGGGCUAUCGCCCCAUUGCCAUCCAUUCCUCCAUCCUGUUUUUUUCUAUUGCUGAUUUGGCCAACAUUGAGCCCAUGUACCAAUAUUCACUGACCUGGUUUAUUAACCUUUUCGUCCUGUCUAUUGAAAAUUCAGAGAAAUCAGAAAAUUUAGCAAAAAGGUACAUUAAUAAAAUGGAAUGGAGAUUUCUGCUAACCGGUGGCAUUGGACUGGAUAAUCCUCAUGCCAACCCUUGUACAUGGCUUCCUCAAAAAUCUUGGGAUGAAAUAUGUCGAUUAGAUGAUUUACCUGCCUUCAAAACCAUUCGCAAGGAGUUUAUGCACUUAAAGGAUGGAUGGAAAAAAGUUUAUGAUAGUUUGGAACCACACCAUGAAGUUUUCCCUGAAGAAUGGGAAGAUAAAGCAAAUGAGUUUCAAAGGAUGCUUAUUAUUCGUUGCUUGAGGCCAGACAAGGUUAUUCCAAUGGUGCAAGAGUUUAUAACCAACAAAUUGGGGCGUAUAUUCAUUGAACCACCCCCCUUUGAUUUAUCCAAAGCAUUUGGAGACAGUAACUGCUGUGCGCCACUGAUUUUUGUGCUCUCUCCUGGAGCGGAUCCCAUGGCUGCCCUUCUCAAAUUUGCUGAUGACCAGGGGUAUGGGGGAUCAAAACUUAGCUCUUUAUCUCUCGGUCAAGGCCAAGGGCCCAUUGCAAUGAAGAUGUUAGAAAAAGCUGUCAAGGAAGGAACAUGGGUUGUUCUUCAGAACUGUCACCUUGCCACCUCUUGGAUGCCAACCCUUGAGAAAGUUUGUGAGGAGUUAAGCCCAGAAUCAACACAUCCUGAUUUCCGCAUUUGGCUGACAAGUUACCCAUCCCCAAAUUUCCCUGUGUCAGUCCUGCAGAAUGGAGUGAAGAUGACCAAUGAAGCACCGAAAGGUUUACGGGCCAAUAUCAUCCGCUCGUACCUCAUGGACCCGAUCUCUGACCCCGAGUUCUUUGGCAGCUGCAAAAAGCCUGAGGAAUUUAAGAAAUUGCUUUAUGGCCUCUGUUUCUUUCAUGCUUUGGUACAAGAGAGACGGAAAUUUGGACCCCUGGGGUGGAAUAUUCCUUAUGAGUUCAAUGAGACUGAUCUAAGAAUCAGUGUACAGCAACUUCACAUGUUCCUGAACCAGUAUGAGGAACUGCCCUACGACGCUCUGCGGUACAUGACCGGUGAAUGCAAUUAUGGAGGCCGCGUGACGGACGACUGGGACCGGCGCACGCUGCGCAGCAUUCUGAACAAAUUCUACAGUACAGAAUUAGUUGAAAACCCGGACUAUAAAUUCGACUCAAGUGGCAUCUAUUUUGUCCCUCCUUCGGGUGAUCACAAAAGCUACAUCGAAUACACAAAGACUCUGCCACUGACCCCAGCACCAGAAAUCUUUGGGAUGAAUGCCAAUGCAGAUAUCACUAAAGAUCAGUCAGAAACUCAACUGCUAUUUGACAACAUUCUUCUUACGCAGUCUCGUUCAGCAGGUGCUGGUGCAAAAUCAUCAGAUGAAGUAGUAAAUGAGGUCGCUGGUGACAUCCUGGGCAAACUUCCAAAUAACUUUGACAUUGAAGCUGCCAUGAGGAGAUACCCAACAACUUACACUCAGAGCAUGAACACGGUACUUGUCCAAGAGAUGGGACGGUUCAAUAAGUUGUUGCAGACCAUGAGAGAUUCGUGCAUUAAUAUUCAAAAAGCAAUCAAGGGGCUUGUAGUGAUGUCUACAGAUCUUGAAGAAGUGGUUAGAAGCAUUUUGAAUGUCAAAAUUCCAGGAAUGUGGAUGGGUAAAUCCUACCCAAGUCUGAAACCACUUGGCAGCUACGUGAAUGACUUCCUUGCAAGACUAAAAUUCUUGCAGCAAUGGUACGAGGUCGGCCCUCCUCCUGUCUUCUGGCUUUCUGGCUUCUUCUUCACGCAAGCCUUCCUGACCGGUGCGCAGCAGAACUACGCCAGGAAGCACACCAUUCCCAUUGAUCUGCUUGGGUUUGACUAUGAAGUGAUGGAAGACAAAGAAUAUAAGCACGCUCCUGAAGAUGGUGUUUUUAUUCAUGGAUUAUUUCUGGAUGGAGCUUCCUGGAAUAGAAAGAUAAAGAAACUUGCAGAAUCGCAUCCCAAAAUUCUUUAUGAUACAGUACCUGUGAUGUGGCUAAAGCCCUGUAAGAAGGCAGAUAUACCAAAACGGCCAAGUUAUGUUGCUCCGUUGUAUAAGACAAGUGAGCGGAGAGGAACAUUAUCCACCACUGGCCACUCUACAAAUUUUGUGAUUGCCAUGACUCUUCCCUCUGACCAACCCAAGGAGCACUGGAUUGGACGGGGUGUAGCACUGUUAUGUCAACUUAAUUCAUAACCAGAAGAUGUCAUUUCCUUGUUCCUAUUUCUUGUUAGAUGGUUGAGUAUAAAGUAUAUUUUACUGUUUAAACAAUUUUUUUGGUUUAAAUAAAUUUGACUAAAGUUAUACUUAAUUAUGAAUUUACUUAUGCACAAAUGCAGAUAAUUUUAAAUGAUCCAUACUUCAAUGUAAAAAUAUUCUGAAAUAAAGACUAAAGAAAA